UAUGUAACAAGCAAAUGAAUUGAAGAACAAGAUGGUAUUAUCAAACAUGCAAUUCCCCUCAUGUAUAUUACUUCUCAUAAUCCUAACAACGCAUAACUUGAUCAUACCUUCACGGUCAGAAAAAUGCAACCCAGAUGACAAAAAUGCCCUGCUCCAAAUCAAAAAACAAUUUGGCAACCCAACCAAACUUUCUUCAUGGAAUCCAACCACUGACUGCUGCAAUGGCACAUGGGAAGGUGUUUCAUGCGACACCGAUACACAAACCUAUCGCGUCAACGACUUAGAUCUCUCCGAUCUCGACCUCCCUCAACCCCUUCCAAUUCCACCUUCCAUCAUAAACCUCCCUUUCCUCUUCUACCUUUCUCUCUCCCGCAUCCCCAACCUCGUUGGCUCAAUCCCCUCAUCAAUCUCCAGCCUCUCCAAACUCCGAUACCUCUACUUCAGCCACAGCAACAUCUCCGGCGAGAUACCCAACACCCUCUCACAGAUCAAAACCCUUGUAACCCUAGAUUUCUCCUACAACAAACUCACCGGUCCCCUCCCCGACACCAUCUCGUCUCUCCCUAACCUAGUCGGAAUCACAUUCGAUGGCAACCAACUCACCGGAGCAAUACCAGAAUCAUAUGGCUCAUUCUCAAAUCUCUUUACAUCGAUGACUCUCUCGCGAAACCGCCUCUCCGGGAAAAUUCCAGCAUCUCUGGCUAAGCUGAACCUGGCGUUUGUGGACUUGUCACGUAACGCAUUGGAGGGUGAUGCAUCGGUGUUGUUUGGAUCGAAUAAAAACACUCAGAAGAUAGUGUUGGCGAUGAACUCAUUCUCUUUCGAUAUUGGGAAAGUUGGGUUGUCGACGAAUUUGAAUGGUUUGGAUUUGAGGAACAAUAAAAUCUAUGGUAUGCUACCUGAGGGACUCACUGAGCUCAAGUUUCUGCAUAAUUUCAACGUGAGUUACAAUAGUUUGUGUGGUGAAAUUCCACAAGGUGGAAACUUGAAAAGGUUUGAUGAAUAUUGCUACUCUCAUAAUAAAUGCUUGUGUGGUUCUCCUCUUCCCGCCUGCAAGACUUGAACUCGAUUAAUUUAUACUCUCCGGUCACUGUUAUAAGUUUGUAAUAAUAAAAGAAAAAAUACUACGAAAAUAAAGGUCAAAUAUUGACUUGUUUAUAAAAGUCAAAUAUUGAUUAAAAGAAUGUGAAGUGUUGUUUUGAUGAAAUAUAUGUUUGAUGUGAACAGAUUUGUUGUUCUA